AUGGCCGACUCUGACUGGAUUUACGCCGCCAUUGGCUUUCUGAUCGCCGUGGCCAUCUAUUAUGUCUUCUUCAAGACUCCGGCCGUCAUUGAGAACAUUGUUGGCUUGUCGGGUAACGCCAUCGUCUACCAGUACUUCAUUGUGGAUUGCACUGGAAUCAGCCUGAGCACAUUCUCCAUCGCAAAGAACCUCGUUGGACUCACCGCCGGUGCCAGAGGUAUCGAUCCGCCAAUAAAGUUUGCGAUUGCCGACCUGGACCCAUGGCGUAGACGCCAUAUUAUCAUGAGUCCCACGAUUACGGGCGCACAGAUCCCCAACUACAACUUUUACAUCACUACCGUCGGUGUCGAUUGGCCCCAAAAUGCCACCGUCGUCGUCUACUCCACGAUUAAUGGCGUCGCCCACACCGGUGUCGCAAACAUCCGCCAACUCCCCGGAACCACCCGUAAGGUCACUCUCUCGCCUGAUAACAACCCCAGCAAGACCACGUAUACGUACACGUUUGGAUGGUGGCCGUAG